AUGGGCACCAAGAAGCAGGAAUUAGUGCAGAAGUAUGUGGAGGCGGUCUUCAGCAUGCCUUCAUGCAGCUGCUUUUCCCUGCUGGCUGGCAGCUGGGGCUGUAUUGUCCCUUGGAAGAGAAGAAUUGUUGCUGUUGAGCUGAAAACAUCAGCAGCGGAUUCCUCUUUGAUUGGAACAGCCACAGUGGCUGCUCCCAGGACAAGUGCAAUAAUUGGAGAUCAGGGAACAUCACCGAAGGUCCAGCUCCCCCUCAAUAUCUACCUAGCCCUGUACGCCUACAAGCCUCAGAAGAACGACGAGCUGGAGCUCCGCAAAGGUGAGAUGUACCGGGUCAUCGAGAAGUGCCAGGACGGCUGGUUCAAGGGGACGUCUCUGAGGAGCGGAAUGUCCGGUGUCUUCCCAGGCAACUAUGUGACACCUGUUUCAAGGGUGCCAGUGGGAGCUGGGCAGCCCAGGAACAGCGGAGCUGGGGGAGCUCCAGCAACAAAAGGAGCCCCAGGAGCCAUCCACCCCGUCGGGGCUGGUCACACCAAUGUUGCCACGGCUGUCAGACCGGUUGUUCCUAUCACUGCUCCUCAGACACAUCCCCAGCUACAGGCGGCCUCUCCACAGCUGAAUAACUGCUUGAGGUAUUCAGCUCAGCAGCCAGCCAGCCAGACCCGCAACGCCAUGCAGAUGG